GUCUAUCAUCAUUCGACAAUGAGGUGGUUCUUAUCAGCCCAUAAAGCAACCCGAUGUUUCCUCAUUUCUCAACAAUCUCAUCUUCAUGUUGCAUCAGAUUUGGGUUCUCUGCACUCCAUGCAAAUGCAUUCCCCAUCCUGCUUCUCUGCUCACCAAUAUACUACUUCCUCAUACAGGUCCAUAAAUGGUAACAAGCAUGAACACACUAAUACUAAGAAGGUGGAUCUUGAAAUAAUUUCUAGAGAAACAAUCAAACCAGCUUUUCCAACUCCUCCUCAUCUAAGGACCUUCAACCUAUCAAUAAUUGAUCAAGUCAUGUUUGAUUGCUACAUUCCUCUAGUCUUAUUUCUUCCUAAUAACAAUAAGGCUACUAUUACCCAUGUUGUAACCAAAAGAUCAAGACAUCUCAAGGAGACUUUGUCUCGGAUUCUAACUCGAUUCUAUCCUGUUGCUGGAGAAGUUAAGGAUGACUUGCAUAUCGAGUGUAUUGACAAAGGCGUGUAUUUCGUGGUGGCUCGACUCAACCAGACUCUAGAAGAUUUUCUAGGUCGUCCAGAUGAGCAAAAAGUGAGAGGCUUGAUUCCCCACAAUUUUGGCACCUUGCAAUCUUCAAAAGGAAAUUAUCUUGCUGGUGUUCAGCUCAACAUUUUCAAUUGUGGUGGGAUUGGUCUUUGCACGAGCUUGGCACACAAGAUCUUUGACGGCCAUACGUAUUUCAUGUUUAUGAAAGCCUGGGCCGCUGCUGUAAGAGGUUCACCAGAAUCAUUUUCACCCACUUUUGUGGCUUCUAAUCUCUUCCCUAACAACCCUUCAUUAAAGUAUUCAUUGCCUUCCAAGUUAAUGGCCACCGAAUCGCUUUCUACAAAAAGAUUCGUGUUCGAUUCUACGGCUUUGGCUCUCCUCAAGGCCCAACCGGUCUCCUGCACCAGCUCAUCCGUAUCGCGUGGCCCAACUCGCAUGGAGGCCACCACAGCCCUCAUUUGGAAGGCUGCCGCCAAAGCAGCAUCCACCAUCAGACCCUUCAGUCCACAGUCACCUCAUGCUUUGUUGUCGAUGGUGAAUCUCCGGGGAAGGGCUUCACCUCCUUUACCCGAGGAGUGUGUUGGAAACAUUAUUUACGGAGCUGUUGGGAUUUGCUUUCCUGAGAGCCAACCUGAGUUAGCGACCCUGAUGGGUGAAAUAAGAAAAUCAAUAGCCAAAAUAAACUCGGAGUACAUAGAGUCGUUGAGGGGUGAAAAGGGGCAGGAGGUAGUGAAUGGCACAUUGAAGAUGCUAAAGGAUAUGACGGAUGGGAUGCAUCAAGGAGACUGCCUUAUUGCUACCAGCCUCUUGAACAGCGGAAUCUAUGAGAUCGAUUUUGGAUGGGGAAAGCCUAUAUGGUUCUAUGAAAUGAAUGCGGGCUACAGGCUUCUGGCUUUGACUGAUACGAUCAAGGGUGGAGGUGUUGAAGCCACAGUGACGUUGAGCUCGAGGGAAAUGGAGAUAUUCGAACGUGAUCCUGCUGUUUUGUCAUAUGCUACAUGCAACCCUAGUCCUCUUCAUCACUAAAUCGUCCAUACAUAGAUUUGUGGCUAGCCCCAUGUGACAUGGGUUGUUUUCGUGUGAAGUCAUUUGUGUAACGGGAAAUAUUGAUUGAUUUUA